AUGGCACCAUACCUCCUGCUCGUCGUGAUCGGCGCUUUCGAUGCACACUCUAUGGAAGUACGACGACGAGGCCGUCACGGGGCCGCCGAUCCACGUGGAAUACUGGCGCUAGGGAGGAUCCCGACACCUCCUUGUUGGCGAGUCUCUUUGGAUCAUCGGCUUCAGUCGUUCGGGAAACCCCUGGAACAGCCUGUUGCCGACAAGGUGUUGUCGUACAUGUCGUUGCGAUCGUUUACGUUGCAGUCGCCGAUCGACGCUUGUAUCUGGCUGUGGAUUCCGUCCACGACGGGCACGUCGAUGUGCUCGAUCGAAGAGGGAUCGCGCAGUGCUUCGGGGGGGUCGGAUGCUUUGCAAUUGGAUUUGGAGAGACGAAGAAGAUUAAUCCAACAAGUCCGACCCACAGCGCGCACGCAGUCAUCUCGAUUUCAGUUCAUAACGGGACAACAUUUUUUAUUAAUUUUUAUUAUAUUGACUAUUUUCCGGAGCAUAAUAAGCUACUUUUUACCCCAAACAUUCAGCCCACUAUAA